AACUGAGGUGCUGCCUGCCCGUGUUGGCGAUCACUUUCAUCUUUAGGAUUCCCCCACGCUCAUUCCUCCUAGUCGAGGCUCAUUGUUGCUUGUUCCCAGCCCUUUUCUUCCUCUUCGCCUGACGAUUGUUUGCUCCUGCCUGUGACGCAAUCGCCAAGUCUGCCAAGUUAGCCUCGCGUUGUUCAGCCAUCACAUUUCACGAUGCGUCCCACCACAGCUUUCCUCGCCGGCGCCCUUGCCUCGGGCGUGUCGGCCGAGAACUACCUCGGGUUCAACUCGGGAGCGACGCUGGCCGACCGGUCCGCUAAGUUCAAGUCCGACUUCUUGGCCGAGUUCAAGACGGCGCAGGGCCUCAAGAACGCGCCGGGCAAGUUCAAUGCCGUGCGCCUGUACACCAACAUCCAGGCCUACUCCGAGACCGACCCGAUCCAGGCGUUCGAAGCUGCCAUUGAGACCAACACGAAGCUUCUGCUCGGCAUCUGGACCUCGGGCACCGACAACAUCGACAAGGAACUCGCCGCGCUGAAGAAGGCCAUCGAGAAGUACGGGAGCAAGUUCACCGACCUCGUCAUUGGCAUGUCCAUCGGCAGCGAGGAUCUCUAUCGCGUCUCGGCGACGGGCAUCGCAAACAAGUCCGGUGUUGGUGCCGGGCCGGACGUUCUCGUCAACUUCAUUAACCAGUACAAGAAGGCCGUCGCCAACACGGCGCUGGCCAAGGUCCCCAUUGGGCACGUUGACACGUGGGACGCCUGGACGAACGGCACCAACAAGGCCGUGGUCGACGCGGUCGACUGGGUCGGCGUGGACGAGUACCCCUACUACGAGAACGGAAAGGGCAACGACAUCAAGAACUCGGGCAAGCUCUUCGACCGGGCCUACGAUGCCGUCGCGGGGGCUGUCGGCGGCAAGCCCGUCUGGGUCACCGAGACGGGUUGGCCUUCCACGGGUCCUAACUGGGACCAGGCUGUCCCCAGCGUCGAGAAUGCCAAGUACUACUGGGACGAGGUCGGCUGCCGCAAGCUCUUCAACAAGGUGCCUACCUUCUGGUACAACCUGCGUGACUCCAACCCGGACAACGAGAUGAAGUUUGCCAUCACCAAGGACCUCUCGACCACGCCCCUGUUCGACCUGACCUGCCCGACCAAGUUCGACACGCCGACCGCCACUGCCAAGACCAGCUCGGCCGCAGCCACCGGCUCCUCCUCGACUGCUGUCUCUGCCCCCGGUAGCUCCUCCACCGGCUCCGCCGGCUCGACCAACUCGACUGCCGGCUCCGGCUCCGGCAGUGGAAGCAGCGGCACUGACAACGGAAGCGGAAGCGGCACCGGCACCGGCGAGCAGGCUGCGGGCCCCUCGUCGAGCGUCGUUACUGGCGGCGCCUUCGUGGGCAAGAGCCUCUCGGCGGCCGCCGUCGUGAGCCUGGCCCUCGUUGCCGGCGUCUUUGCUCUCUUCUAAACUAUUUG